GUUAAUGUUUCACCUGCGCGAGCCCACGUCACGGCAGCUUCAGGAAAAAGACAAGGCGGACUCCGUGGUUCCUCCAAAUUCAGGCUGUUUUAUUACUACUUUGAUGAAAAAUCCGAACUGUGAAGCUGGAGUUGAACUUUAAACACAGUCUGUGAGUUUUCUGAAGUCGCGUGCAGUUGGUACGAACACAAUGUCUUCCUCUGCUAUAUUUAUCUUGGAUCUGAAGGGGAAGGUGCUGAUAUGUCGGAACUACAAAGGGGAUGUGGACAUGGCAGAGAUUGAACACUUCAUGCCUUUGCUCAUGCAACAUGAAGAGGAAGGGCUCAUAUCUCCCAUCAUGUCACACAGCAAAGUUCACUUCAUGUGGAUCAAGCACAACAACCUUUACCUUGUGGCCACCACAAACAAGAACUCAAACGCCUCCCUCGUCUACUCGUUUCUCUACAAACUAGUUGAGGUGUUUACAGAGUACUUCAAAGAGCUGGAGGAGGAGAGCAUUCAGGAUAACUUUGUGCUUGUCUAUGAGCUUCUGGACGAGCUCAUGGACUUUGGUUUCCCUCAGACCACCGACAGCAAGAUCCUACAGGAAUACAUCACUCAAGAAGGUGCCAAGCUGGAGGUGGCAAAGUCCAAGGUGCCAACCACAGUUACUAAUGCUGUCUCCUGGCGGUCAGAGGGUAUCAAAUACAAGAAGAACGAGGUCUUUAUUGACGUCAUUGAGUCCAUCAACGUACUGGUGAAUGCAAACGGCAACGUGAUGAGCAGUGACAUUGUGGGCAGCAUUAAACUGAAGACCAUGUUGUCUGGGAUGCCUGAACUGCGCCUGGGCCUCAACGAUCGAGUGCUCUUUGCCCUCACUGGACGUGAUAAAGGAAAGACGGUAGUGAUGGAAGAUGUGAAGUUUCAUCAGUGUGUCCGUCUCUCUCGUUUUGAGAGCGAUCGUACAAUCUCCUUCAUUCCUCCAGAUGGAGAAUCUGAACUCAUGUCCUACCGCAUCAAUACACAUGUGAAGCCUCUGAUAUGGAUUGAAUCGGUCAUAGAGAAAUUCUCUCACAGUAGGGUGGAAAUCAUGGUUAAGGCAAAAGGUCAAUUUAAAAAACAGUCUGUGGCCAAUAAUGUGGAGGUGAGGGUCCCUGUUCCCAGUGAUGCCGAUUCACCCAAAUUCAAAACCAGCACAGGCAGUGCCAAAUACGUGCCUGAGAAGAAUCUGGUGAUUUGGACCAUCAAGUCUUUCCCUGGAGGGAAAGAGUUUCUCAUGAGAGCUCACUUUGGUUUGCCCAGUGUUGAGAACGAUGAGAUGGAGGGCAAACCUCCCAUUACUGUCAAAUUUGAAAUCCCCUACUUCACAGUAUCAGGAAUUCAGGUCCGGUAUAUGAAGAUCAUAGAAAAAAGUGGUUACCAGGCUUUACCCUGGGUCCGCUAUAUCACACAGAGUGGAGAUUACCAGCUGAGGACCAAUGUGUAAAGCCAUGAGGGAUGCUUUAAUGUAUAUUUCUCACUUCCAGAACUUCCAGAAGAGCUUAAUGAUCAUUUUAACUGCACAGACAAAAUGUCUUUGAAAUGUCACCUGCUCUAAUGUAAUUAAUCUGUUUUAUGACAUUUGGUUGCAUCUUCAUUUUAUUGUGUGUUCUGUGAUAUAUCUAAAUAAUUUAAAUCAAGAAAAUAUCUUAAAACAA